AUGUCUAGCGGAUUUAUGAAUAAUCUGCAGGAUGGUAGGUCUACUGAUUUUUCAAAAAGUGGGUCUCAAUUGAAGAACAAGCCUAUGCAUAAAAGAAAACAAUCUCAUGAGAGCGAGUUUUCUAAAAACAAUGGUAAUACUCAGAAGAAGAACGGCCCUAAGAAGUUAAUGAUGGUCCAGAAUGAUGCAGUUAAAGAUAAAGUUAUAGGCUCUAUUAUGUCGAACCCUUCUAACUUUGGGUUUCAAAAGAGAAACUAUAAGAGAAGAGAGUUGCCAAGGUUUUUACUCGGACAGAAUCCACAGUUGAAGCCAAGACCAUUUAAACAAGACCCAUGGGAUAAGUUAAACCAGGAUAAAAUGACUGAAUUAGAAAAUAGUAUAGAAGACUUGACGGAGUUGUAUGAGACACUGAAAAAAAUGAGAGAUAACGAAAGAAAAGUUAUGGAAAAGAAAGGACUAGUGGACAAGGCCGAUUUUGCGAAAGAUUUGAAUGAUGCUAUUGUUUUCCAAGGUACAUGUCAAGAUAUGUGUCCAAUUUUUGAAAGAGCAAGAAGAAACGUCGAAUACACAGUCUAUUCUUAUGAAAAAGAUGAUCCCAAUAGUAAAAAGGCUUCUGUUUCAAAGGCUUUGAAAGUUUUUGCAAGACCUGCAGCAGCAGCUGCCCCUCCUCUACCAUCUGAUGUCAGACCUCCCCAUAUUCUAGUUAAAACAUUGGACUAUUUAAUUGAUAACUUAUUACCCACUCUUCCUGCUAGUGAAGGUUUUAUUUGGGAUAGGAUGAGAUCUAUUAGACAAGAUUUUACUUAUCAAAAUUAUUUAGGCCCUGAAGCAAUCGAUUGUAAUGAAAGGAUUGUAAGAAUACAUCUAUUGAUAAUUCAUAUUAUGGUUAAAUCGGGAAAUGAGUUUUCAUUACAACAAGAAUUAGAACAAUUACAUAAAUCUUUAAUCACUUUAUCUGAAAUCUAUGAUGAUGUAAGAAAUGCAGGCGGUGCAUGCCCAAAUGAAGCUGAAUUUAGAGCUUAUGGUUUAUUAAGUAAAAUUAGAGACCCAGAAUACGAGAAGAAUAUUCAAGAAUUACCAGAUGAAAUUUUUAAAAAUGAGCUAGUCCAAAUAGCUUUAUGUUUCAGAAAAUUUAUUUCAAACUCUGGCUUCUCAGAAAGAGGUUUUAUUCGUACCGAAUCAUGUCUGAAUUUUUACACAAGUUAUUUCCAAUUGAUGAAAUCUGGAAACGUUCCUUUUUUGAUGAACUCUUUCUUAGAAAUAUAUUUGAAUGAAGUUAGAUUUUAUGCAAUGAAGUCACUUUCCCAUACUUUGAACAAAAAAUCUAAACCUUUAAGUUUAGACUAUAUCAAAGAAAAUCUCUCUUUCAACUCAAAUGAAGAAAUCAUUUCAUUUUGUGAUUAUUAUUCGAUAGAUGUCGUCAAUGAUGGAAUUGAUUUAAAAACUUUAUCGCACCAUUCUCAUAGGAUACCAGAAUCAAAACCAUUAAAACAAUCAUAUUUGAAUUUUGUGGAUAAUCAAUUGCAACAGCAAAAAUACCAACAUAUAAUCAACAGUGGUUUACCAAAUAUUGAUUCAUUACCAAAUGUUGUUAGUCCGCUUACUGUAUCUGUUUCUGAAAAUGAGUUCGAAAAUGAUGAAGAGAUGGAGCUUGAAGAUGCGACCAUGAAUCAACAAGUGAAAUCAUUUACCAAUUCGAAACCGUUUUUUGGCAAAGCAGAAGAUAAAAAUGAAGUUAUUUCUUCUGCUCCAAAAAAGAACUCAUUACUAGAAGAGAAAUUAAAAGCUUUGCGUAAACAAGGAGGAAAUAAAUUUAAUUUACCAAAUUUGAAACAAUCAAAUGUUGUUGAUAAAGAUGAGGUAAAACUUGAAAAAAUUGAAGAAGCCAAAUUUAGCACCAGUGACAUUCCAAUAGAGGCUAAGUUUAUUAGCGAAACGACACCAGCCAUUUCCAAACCAGCAAUCGAAUUUAAUUUAAACAGUGCAUUUUCUGGUGAUUCAAAGAAGGGUCCUGAUGAAUCUUCAACGAUGAUGUCUUCAAUAUUCAAUAAUAACAUAGCUAAUGAAACUCUAACACCUCGUCCAGCUAUUAAAGAAUCAAUUAAAAAACUUGACUCCUUAGAGAAUAAAACAGAAGGUAGUUCAUUAAAAGCAAAUAGUUUCCAAGGUUUAUUUAAAAAAGACGUCCAACCAAAGGGCAACCGUUUUAACGAAACAAAAAUUGAACCAUCUCCUAUUUCUCUUCACACUAAAAAGUCUACAACUGAGUCUGAAUUGAAAAAGACUCAGACUAUUGCAAGAAAGAAUUUAGAAGAUGAAAAAAAAAGCAUGAUAGAUUCUCUGUCAAGAAAGCUGUAUUAUGCAUUUAUUCAUGAACAGUGCUAUUUAAUAUGUAAUGAAUCAAAAGCUGAAGCCCAUUAUAUUAAUAAUAAGAAAAAAAAUUAUUUAAACAAGUGGAAAAGAUUAUUAAAAAAUAAACAAAAAGAAGAAGAAGAAAACAAAAAAAGAAAAGAAGAAUUGCUUUCUGUCAAUAAGCAAUUAGGUGUACCGAUCAUACGAAAAGUAUCGUUGCUGUCGACACCAACUACUCGUAAUGUCAGUUCUUCAUCUUUUAGAAUACCAUCUUCAACUAUGAAAAGAACUGUAUUAUCUCCUGUUAAUAAUGAAAAAUCUAGUUUUAACCAUAAUAACCAAAAGGGUAAUACAAACGAUAUUUGGGAACAAUUUGAUAUUGAACAAAUAUAUUCAAAUCCUAUCAUGAAAAAAUGUAAUAAGGAGAAUAUAAAAAGUCACAGUAUUUUAUUAUAUAGUAACAAUUAUAGCUGUGUUUCAACUAAGUGGAUGUUACAUAAAUUUGGACUUUUUGGGGAUAUGAAUUCCCGGGUCAUUAAAGGUAAAGAUUCAUCGUUAACUAUUAAAAAGGUAGGACUACAGGAGCCACCGUCUUCACUAGAGGAAUCACAAUUGCUUGUAUUCAAUACUGGUGUCACCGCUGCGAACAUUUUUGAUUUAGAAUUAAAGUUAAAACAAGAUGGUGAAGAUCUAGUUAAAUUGGCUUCUAAAAUUUCAAUAUCCACUAACAUCAAAUUUAGCAUUUUGAUCGUUUAUUGGGAGUCAUUGGAGACUACAUUUAGUGAAAACGAUAUUACUAAAUUUUUAAAAUUACCAAGAAUAUCAAAAUCUUUUGAAAGUGUGCUAGCUGAUAUUGUUGUGACCAGAAUUUCCAACAAUUUUCCGGAGGAGUCCUUACGUAGAGGCCUUUGUGAAAUAAGUAGCAAAUAUUCGUUCCAAUACACAGAAAAAGGAUUACAAUCGAGCGAGAAAGGAUUGUCAGCACGCUCAAUUGCUGGCAUCGCUUCCAAUGGUGGAAGCAACACUUCUUUAAACUCCAAGAACAUUGAUGCCAAGAUGAAGAAGAUGUUGGAGUACGAGAAACAAAAAUACAAUUCAGAGAGAUCCAAGAAUAACACGUACGCUCACUUGCAAAUACAUCUCGCUGCGUCACCCAAAAUGAGGAAGAGAAAGCUACCUAUUUUGUUCUCCGAAGUACAGAAUGGCAAAUUCCGAACCCCAUCUGCGAUAUCCAUCGAUGCAAUCUCUUCAUCACCUAGCGUAUCCUCCCACUUGGCCAACAAAUUCAGAAAGACCCAACAGCGUAUUAUCAGCGCACCUGACAUGGUUGCACCGGGAACACCUAGUUACAUCAACAACCUACCACGCGCUAACUUGCAACUACCAUUACGAUUACCAUCCUUGGAGGUGACACCUGUGAUCUCGAGAAAAGUGACCCCGAAUAGCCACAUCUUAGCUACCACCAUGAUAUCCGGUGACACAAGCAAUGGAGCACUAAACCACUCUGUUACAUCUUCCGCUACUAGGUGGAACACCAGCAAUGUAAUAACCGCCACGCCAGUCGUCCAAACGUCAACAAUGCAUGUGCCAGUGACCCACAAGCGUUCCACUACACCACGUCAUGAGACCUUCCAUGGCUCAAUAAGAACUCCAUCGGGAGGGAAGACCAACUCCACAAGAGUCUCGAGUCUUAACAACCUGAGGACGCUAAUAGACUCUGUCAAGAAGCGUGCACACGACUAG